UCAAACUUUCAAUUUCAUUUUCCCCAACGCGCUUUAUUUUUCUAUUUCCAACUUAUCACUUUAUCAAGCCUUUAAAGCGGUCAGACAUGCGUGGACUUUUCGCUUACGCUGAUGAAAAGUUCGUAAAAGCGAAAAAACGUUUAGCCGGAGAGAAGCAACAACGAUUGAGAACGUAUAAAUUUGAGCGAAAUGAAUUUUUACGUGGAGAGCGAGUUUACGACCGAAAUGCAUUGCCGAUCAUUUUCAAAGCUACACCCGACACGCUGCUCAAUUUAUGCAUAAACGUAGUAGACGCAUUACCGCUGCCAACGCCUCAUAAGUGGAACACCGUGGAUGUAUGUAAAUGGAUACGCGGUUAUGGUUAUCCGCACUAUAUGACUACCUUCCGCAGUAAUUUUAUCACGGGCCGAAAACUCUUGCUACUCGACGCCUCAGCGCUGAGCGCCAUGAAUAUCAAGAAUUUCGCCGAUAUUAAACACAUCGCCUAUGGUAUUCGUCAGUUGUUUUUGUAUGAAAUGACAAAGUAUAUAAGCAGCAUAUCUUUGCCACCCGAAUACUAUUACGAACUGUAUAAAUUAUUCCAGACGAAAAGUGGACCAAAAUAUCAAGAUACACGACGUUCUGAACUCUGGCGGCAGAUGAAUUUGUUACGUGGAAAAAGUGUAAACUACUCCCAUUGGGAGCUGCUCGAACGUUGGAUGGCCCACAAGAGAGGAGAGACUGAUUUAUUUGGUGAUGCCGGGCGUUAUCGCCUGUACAAAUGUAAGCCGGUACUGCCAAAGGAUCGGGAUGCAACUGUUAGACCCACACCUUGUCAUUGUAUGCCACCGUGCUCUUGUUUCUGGACCGAAAAACAUAAGGCACUACCGACCGUAUUCUCGUUGCUGAAACAGGAGCGUAAGCCAGACCAAACGGCCUCGAAGGCACACUGCCGAUACUGCGUGCCGCCAUGUACGUGUCAUUGGCCGCCCCAUUUCUUUGAAUUCGAUAGGGUAUUAACAUGUCUCAAGCCAACGAAAUAUGGCAUGAGGAGAGCAUCUCGUUUUGAGGAGGAACGAAUCCAAUUUCGGCCAAUCCUUUUUAACACGGACUAAUUUCGAUAAUAAACUACAAAGAAGUGCUUAUAUAUAUAGGUUAUUCUUGUAUUUUAUAUGGUAAUUUUUUGAUAAUUAAAGAGCCCUGAGCUUUUGGAGCCGUAUGGAUACCGA